CGCGAGCGUGUCCCAAUGCAGAGGACUGAUCUUCCCGGGUGGCUUCAGCUAUGCGGACACUCUAGGAUCGGCCAAGGGCUAGGCAGCCAACAUUCUCCACAGCUCCAUCCUUUUACCACAGUUUCAGGCCUUCAAGCGCAGAUGUCCAGGCAGCGAGGUGUUGAUCCCGAUGUGGCCCUACUCCACAACCAAUCAGAGCAAUUCGAGUGCCGCUGGGCAACAGUGAAAUUUCCAUCCAAUCGCUCUGUCAUGCUCGGUAGCAUGAAAGAUCUAAUUCUAGGCUGUUGGGUGGCUCACGGAGAAGGUCGUUUUGCAUUCCGAGAGGAGAAGCUCAUAAGCGUACUGCAGUCGGCUGAGUUGGUGACACUGCAAUAUGUUGAUGAUACAGGCGAGCCCACUGAACUCUAUCCACUUAAUCCGAACGACAGCCCUAGGGGAAUUGCUGGACUUUGCUCGACUGAUGGACGUCAUUUGGGUUUAAUGCCGCACCCAGAGCGUUGCUCGGCUAUGAACCAGUGGCCAUAUGUUCCACCUUCUUUCGAAGUUUCCCCCAAACAGGCUGAGAGUCCUUGGCAGAUUAUGUUUAACAACGCAUACAAUUGGUGUGUUAAUUCGGAUUCAUAAAAAUCCUACCGGUAAAAGAAAGAUAUACAUUCUACAGAACACGAAUUUGUCUACUAAUUUUAUACAUAAUACCUUUAACACCUGUAAACUUUUUACGCCCAAUAAAAGUACAUAAAAACAUAUAA